AUGGAGCACGGAUCCUCCCAGGAAUCAGGAAAGAAGGCUACUCGAGCGUACAGUGGCCAAUGUGGUGCAGGCUACGGAUUGCUCGAGUCCGGUUUCGUUUCCCGCAAGAACGAGGUGAACAUCCUGGUGAAGAACGCCACUACUGUGCUGUUCGGAGGACUUGUUUUCUGGGCGGUCGGCUACGGCAUCGGCUUCGAUCCGAUGAACAACCCCUACUUCAGCUUUGGCAAGUUCUUCACGAGUGCCGACGAAAUUCACAUGGGGCAACGGUAUUCACGGUUCGUCUUUCAGCUAGCGUACGCCACCACGUCGACGGCUCUCGUGUCGGGCUCCAUGGCCGAGCGUACCAAGUUCACCUCGUACUGCCUGUUCUCGGCGCUGGCCACGGUGGUGUACUGCGUGCCCGCCGGCUGGCUCUGGAACCAGGGCGGCUUUCUGGCGCUCAUGGGCGCCGUCGACAUCGGCGGUUCGGGAGUCGUGCACCUGCUGGGUGGCUGCGUGGGACUUGUCGCUGCCGUCGUGCUCGGGCCGCGGCUGGGACGCUACGACUGCGGAACGGCGCCGCUUCCCCUGGGCAACCCCACCAAUGCGCUGCUGGGGCUUUUCAUGCUCUGGUGGGGGUGGCUUGGAUUUAGCGCUGGAAGCACUAUGGGGAUUGUGAGGAACAAGUGGAAAUACUCUGCUAGUCUGCCACUGGUGCGGCUGUAA